AUGUGUUUGCCAGGGCAACAUUUUCGAAUUACUGGUUUAUCUUUAGCUGCGGCAAUGUUUAUUUGUGAUAUGGACCCGCCGAAGGUUAUCACCUUUGGAAUGGUGGUUUUGGCACCGGGAGAAACCAAUAAGAUCAGCAGAUAUGGUGUCACCUUUGAUGCCGGACCGAAUGGCGACUAUAUUGAUGAUGUUAGUUUCAGAUCGCGCGGAAAACAAAGAUUUAGAGUACUAGGUGCCCUGCAAGAUUUGCACCGCUAUCGCGACAUUUGCCUACAUCGUGUCCGAAUUUUGCCAGAACUUCCCUUAGUCCCUUCUCAUCCACCAGCCGGUUUAGGAUACACCUGGCAUCGUUCCGUACUGCGCCAAUAUGACCCAACAAUUCUUCUACGAGAAUUGCAGAAACUGGUCAAAUCGCUCCCAUGUUAUGAUGAAGACGAGGAAGAAGAAUCCGUAACGUCGGAGGAUAAAAGAGAUCCUUCGUAUUCUCUGGCCGUAAGGCUCCAUUUGGGAGACGAUGUGCUCCAGGAGUUGCUGAAGUUGGAUGCUCCUAUUCAUAGGUUACAAUUUGAAUUGGAGUAUGUGAGGACUCACAAGUAUUUUGAUUGUGCCAGCUGUGGGAAGAAAUUGGCAGACGUCGCGGAUUUGAUUGCUGUUCAUAAUGAAACGUCACGAAUAAGGGAGCAUAAACGUAGUCCUCGCCAAAACCAUAAUUCGGUGGAUGUUUGGCUAAGGGAGCCGAUCACUUUGUUGAAGGCACCAGGUGCUUUGGCUCAUCCAGGAAGUGCAAUUAACGAUUCCAGGUUUCCUGGUUACGUGUGGAGCCCCGCAUUUUGCUCCUCAUGUUUUGGACACGUCGGAUGGCGAUUUCAAGCAGAUAAAGGUGGUUUAUCGCCAAGUGAAUUUUGGGCUCUGAGCAAAAGCAGCGUGAUACGAAAAUCCAGCAUUGGCAACGACAAAGAAUAA